GGUUCAACCGCGUUACAGGUUAUGAGUAAUGGAAGCAGGAUCAGUGGUGCGUGCCGUGUUUGAGUUUCUCCCCAGCGUCUCGGAGGAGCUGCCUCUCUUCACGGGUGAUGUCAUCGAGGUGCUCAGUGUUGUGGACGACUUCUGGUUGCUUGGUAACAAAGAUGGCGUCACAGGUCAGUUCCCCAGCACCUUUGUGGAAGAGGUUACCAUUCCCAGCACCAAGCCUGGAGACCGACUCUAUGUGUGCAUCAAUGAUUUCAGCUCAGCAGAGCCAGGCGUCCUGUCUCUGAAGAGAGGUGAUGUGAUAGUUGGAGAAGUAGGAGGGUCCACGGACCUGGGCGAAACAUGGCAGCGUGGCUGUAAUGCCUGGGGCACCCGUGGUCUCUUCCCCACCUCGUGUGUGAAGGAGCUGAACCUUUCAGGCCGCUCCAGGCAGCUCUCUGAACGCUCGGCUCAGGCCCAGGCUUCAGAGCUACCACCCUAUGCCCUAUGCCAAGCCCGGGCCCUUAUGAGCCUCCAUGCACAGCUCAACGAGGAGCUGGACUUCCGUGAGGGGGACUUGAUCAUCAUCACAGGCCUGCCUGAGCCGGGCUGGUUCCAGGGGGAGCUGGAGGGCCGCAGGGGCAUCUUCCCAGAGGGAUUUGUGGAGCUCCUUGGUCCCCUUCGAACUCCUCAAGAACCUUUGAACAGCGACCCUCAACAAUUACGAUACGAGGACCCUUCUGAUGCAGGAGAGGGGACUGAGGAGGAAGGUGUAGAAGGAGUGGAGGUUUUUCUGAGAGAAGAAGAGGAGCAGAAAGAGGAUGUAGUAGAGGAAGCAGAAGAGGAAGAGAGUGGCAUUUAUGGAGUGGCUCUGUAUGAGUUUCGGGCCAUGGAGCCAGGCGAAUUGGACUUUGAUGUGGGGGAUCGCAUACGUGUUAUUGGCACUCUGGAAGACGGAUGGCUGGAGGGGGAGCUGAGAGGGCAGUGUGGUAUCUUUCCUCAUCGAUUUGUCAAAAUAGAGGACGACGGACAGAAAACUGCAGAGGAAACAAAUAUUGUUGAACUGGACGAAGACAAGGAGAACAGCUGCACUUCUGAAUACAACUCAGGUCAGUUAUUUCCUAAUGGGUCAGAGAAUGAUGCUGAAUGGAAGACUUAUGAGGACCAUACGGUGUGGGACCUGGACUACUUUGAGAGGACAGAGGAGCAUAGGUGGAGUGGAAACAAAAGCGCUGAGCCUCAAACUAACAACAGAAUGCAGAGAGAGGGGGGAAGCAGGCCUGAUCUUCAGCCACAUAAACCUGUUGCCCCAUCACAAAGAGGGCCCAGGAGACCCAGAUCCACUCCGUCAGCCAGGCCUAGAAUCCCACCUCGGCCUAGCCUGCCUGCACGUAGUCAUAUGCACCAAUCUGGCACAAAUCGAUCUCACUAUACUAAUGGUAACACUCGAUCCUUACAGCCAAAGCGAACUCAUAGCCUUACCCUCCCUAGCACUCAGCCUGGGUGGUCUAAAGACAGCAGAUACUAUCAGAGACCACAGGCAGAUGGUGCCACCACAAGUCUCAGAAAUGCCAGUCUUGGACAAGCGCUAUUUAACCUUGUUAAAGAUCACAAGCAGAAGAAGCUAACUCGCCAUGCUAGUGUCAGUGAUGCUGAUAUGAUGAUGGGUAGUGCUGAAACACGGGCACAUCCCCAGCAGACAGUACGUGGCUCUAAUGGCAUAAUGUCAACAUCCAUCACCUUGGAUGUCCUGGCAACCUCAGCCGGUGACCUGGAAGCCAAGCUGUCCCAGCAGCUUUUUGAGUUUGAGAAAAGCUUGACUCCUUUGUACGGUGAUACCAACAUGGGGUCUGGUGCUUCAAGGGACAUGCUUUCAGCAGAUGACCUGAGCCAGCAGUCCUGUGUCUCACGACACUUUUCUAUUCUGGACUAUAGAGAUGAAAGUGAUAUCAUUCGAGGCUCCUCACAUUCUCCUGUUCCCCACCUUUUGCAGUCAAACUCUGCCUCUCCCUCACUGGAGAGGCGCAGGACCCUUCGCCCUCCUCCUCCUCGUCCUAGAGUCAGUCGUCCCCCAGCCCCAGCUGCAUACAAACCAGCCCGCCCUGCUCCACGUCCCCCUCCUCGGUGCCCAGGACAAAAUACUGCUCCUCCAGCUAGCAGCCCCAUCUUCUACACCCCUGACGAAGCAGCUGUAAACCUCCCCAAUCAAACAACCAAAGGGCAGGCCGAGGUCAGCGACCCUGCAGUUGCCCAGGAACAUGAAAUACAGUGCCAGCUGGAAGCUGAGAAAGAUCUGGAGAGAGAGAUGGAGCUGGACAGUAAGAGACAGAGUGAAGAGGAGGAGAGGUACCAGCUGUUGCUACAGAUACAAGAGGUGGAGCACAACAUGGAGGCAUAUGCACACACGGCGGAGGAACUCAGGGUCAUGUUGGAGGAGGAGGAGGAGGAGGAGACAGCCCGCAUUCAAGCCAUGGAAAAUCUGGAGUUCUGUAACUACAUGCUGGAGACCCUCGCACUGGAGCAGCAGCAGCUACAGGAGACGACACUGCUGUCUUUCCAACCCAAACCCUUGGACUCCACCCCAACCUCAGACUCGACCCCUGCCGCUGGUACGGGCGCCGAGCUGAGGAUGCUGGAGAAGAGGUCAAAGGUCAUUGAGGAGCUGCUGCAGACGGAGAAGGACUACAUCAAAGACCUGCAGAUGUGUGUCGAGGAGAUCAUCGAGCCACUGCAGAAGAAGCAGAUGAAGAAUGUGGAUUUUGACGGGCUCUUUGGCAACAUCGCCUCUGUGAUCGACCUGUCCCAGCACCUGCUUGAAAUGCUGCAGGAGACAGACUCGAUUGGAAAGAUAUUUCUGGAUUUCAAAGGCGAGCUGGAGGAGGUAUACAAGAUCUACUGCCAGAACCAUGACGACGCCAUCUCGCUGCUGGAGAGCUAUGAGAAAGAUGAAAACAUCCAGCGCCACGUGUUGGAGUGUCUGGAGAGACUGAGGGCCAUGUAUCGAGAGUGGGGGAAAACAAACUACAUCAACCUGGGCUCUUUCCUGAUCAAGCCUGUGCAGCGUGUGAUGCGGUACCCCCUGCUGCUGAUGGAGCUGCUGGGCGCAACACCGGAGAGCCACCAUGACCGGCCCCAGCUGACUCAGGCCCUGCAGGCCAUCAAGGAGAUCAACGUCAACAUCAACGAGUACAAGCGAAGGAAAGACCUUGUGGUGAAGUACAGGAAAGGUGACGAGGAUACAUUCAUUGACAAGAUCUCCAAGCUGAGCAUGCACUCCAUUAUCAAAAAAUCCAACCGAGUCAGCAGCCACCUCAAGCAGCUUACAGGAAUUUCACUACAGAUUAAAGAUGAAGCAUUUGAUGAGACUGAGAAGAAGUUCAGGGAGCAGGAGAGGCUCAUUAAAUCUUUCAUCAGGAACAUCUCCUUAUACCUGCAGCACAUCAGGGAAUCGGCAUCUGUGAAGGUCUUGGCAGCCAUCAGUUUCUGUGACAUCUACACAGAGCACAGUGUGCUGGACCCCGAACACUUCCAGAGAGCUCAUCGCUGCAUCAGUGACAAACAGUUUACACAGUUUAAGGAGCGCACAGAGGCCUUAGUCAUCAACCCGCUCACCCAGCUCCUCCUCAUGUUUGCUGGGCCGCACAAACUGAUCCAAAAGCGCUUUGACAAGCUGCUGGACUAUGACAACUGCAAGGAGCGAGCUGACCGCCUCAAGGAUCGUCGCAUCCAGGAUGAGCUGCAGGCAGCGCGUAACAACUACGAGGCGCUCAACGCCCAACUUCUGGAUGAGCUCCCCAAGUUCCACAGUGCAGCAGAGGAGCUGUUUAUAGGCUGUGUGAGGGCCUUUGCUCAGGCCCAGAAGGACUUCAUGAAGCUGACACUGGGAGAGCUGAAGCCCCUCCUGCAGGCUUCUUCUAACAGAUUUGGCACAGAGGGCAACCUGAUUGCACAGUUCCAAGAAGAGUACGGUCGAGUUCUCCAACUUCUGCAGAGCUUUAGCUUCUGCCCAGAGAACCUGCCUCCAGCCACCACCACAAAAAAGCCCUUCGAGAAGAAGACUCUGGAGAAGCAGUCCUCUAAGCAGCAGCUGCAGGGACCUCCCAACCACAUCAUGCAGACAGAUGAGCACCGUGCAGGACUUCUGGUACGCUACGGCCCUGAGAAGCUUUUUCAGGCUGAAAGAAAUUUUAAUGCUGCCCAAGAUCUGGAUGUCUCAAUAUCAGAGGGAGACCUUGUGGGUGUAAUCAAACAGCAGGACCCCAUGGGCAGCAACAACCGCUGGCUAAUUGAUAACGGAGUCACCAAGGGUUUUGUGUACAGCUCCUUCCUCAAACCCUACAACCCACGCAAGAGCCAGUCAAAUGUGUCCAUUGAGAGCCAGUCAUCCAAUGAGUCGGGCUACGGAGGCUCAUCCCCGGUUUUCUCCCGCCAGAACAGCAGUAGUACACUGACCUUCAACCAGGAAACAGCCACUGUCAGCUUUUCCACAUCACAGCCCCAGAGUCUCUCGUUGCCUCAGCCGUCAUCAGAUUCUGCCUCCUCUCGCAGGAGUCACCAAAGAGAUGCACCUGACUCUGCCACUCAAAGCAAUUCCAUGAAUUCCUCACCCCGAAAUUCCUCCAACCGAAAGGAAUUUUCAGACCAAGUGCAACCAAACUUCUCCAGUCACAGAGACACAGAGCCUUCGUACCGGCACUCAGGCAGUCACAGAGAUUCGUAUGAUACGAGUUAUGGAAGUUCGAGCAGUCACAGGGACACGCCAGACCUCUUGGAGACGGACACAUCUUCACACAGAAACAAUCGCUCGCAGAGGUAUGGACACACGGACAAAUCCUAUAGUUCCUAUGAGUGGAGAAAUGGAAACAAUGGAGGCCAGAAGAAGUCUUCUUACUCCAGAGAUGAGUACACUGAGCCGGAGCCAGGGCCAGAACACGAGAGUGAAUUAGAUGGUCAUCAGAUUUACUACGCUCUCUACUCCUUCAAAGCACGUUGUGCCAAUGAACUGAGUAUCUCAGCCAAUCAGCAGCUGCGGAUACUGGAGUUCCAGGACAUGAACGGCAACAGCGACUGGUGGCUGGGGGAGGCAGGAGGCCAACGAGGCUACGUGCCUUCCAACUACAUCCGCAAAUCAGAAUACACAUGAACAAUGUGGCGGCUGAUAGCUGAGACUGUACUUCGACAUUAAGGAGGCCGACUCUGCGAGCCGACGGAACAAAAAGACGAACGAGCAUCAGGACACACAGUGACUUGUUUCUGAUCUGUUGUCAUGGAGUUUGAUAGUGAGGACUUACCUGCUGCUGAGUCUGUUAGCAUUAUAUGCCUAUAUUUAUACUGUUUAUAUUAUUUUUACAUACUGGAAACAGCACCCUACCCUCUCUCAUUUCCAGAGAAAACUCUGAAUUGCACCAGAUUUUUACCAUUUUCUCUGGGCCUGGUUCGCACACUGGGAGACUGCAAUGGAAAGGUCCAGUAUCCAAGGUCUAGCUGGUUAUUGUAAACGAGUGAUAUGGACACAGUGACCUAAACACUGUGUUAAUGACUUUUUUCUAAAUGUGGUUUGUACACCACCAGACAGUUGCAUGAAUAUGGCAUGCAUUUACAACAUACUGUUUAAAGAUCAAGGUUUGAGGCACUUAUGAUUAUUCACUGUCUGUAGAUUUGUAGCAUUGGUGAAGCCAUCAACAGGAAUUUGGAGUGUUGUAUGGAAUUCAUGUGAUUAUCUGAAUUAAGACCAAGGAUAAAGUUGAAUGGCAUAUGAAAUAUUGUUUACAACCUGAAAUCGUUUAGAACUGGUUUGACACUGUGCAAACUGGCUAUAGCCAAUUUUACCAGUAUGAAGAGGUUAACGAACAGGAAGACAGAGACAGUGGUCUGGUCUUACUCUGAUUUCACCACAUGCUCCCUAUGUACAUUGUACAUAGUGCUGCACAUUGACAGUAUGCUAUUGCACCCACUGUUAAGUGAUCACAGUUUGAAUAAAAAAGAGACGGCUCAGCUGACAAGUUAA